UCUCUUCUCAGAGCUCCUCGGCUGUGGUCGUGGGCUCAGUUUAGUUGGCUUCAGUUGAGGUUGGUUUUGGAGGCCAAUGGCUCACUCCCGUCCUUCGUUUCUCCUCCUCUCACAUUUCCUUCUCUCUCUGUUUGCUUCCGGUGCCAUUGGCUCUCCAGGCCAUCAUGGGCCUGCGAACCACAACUACCGAGACGCACUCUCCAAGUCCAUACUCUUCUUCGAAGGGCAGAGGUCGGGGAGGCUGCCUGCGAACCAGAGAAUGACAUGGAGGAGGAACUCUGGCCUGUCGGAUGGCUCCGCCAUGAAUGUGGACUUGGUUGGUGGGUACUAUGAUGCAGGGGACAACGUGAAGUUUGGCUUCCCCAUGGCUUUCACCACCACCAUGCUGUCUUGGAGUGUGAUAGAGUUCGGCGGGAUGAUGAAGGGUGAGCUGGAGAACGCCAGAGCGGCGGUCCGUUGGGCCACUGACUACCUCCUCAAAGCCACUGCUCAUCCGAACACCAUAUAUGUUCAGGUGGGAGAUCCAAACAAGGAUCACGCUUGCUGGGAGAGGCCAGAAGACAUGGACACCCCAAGAACAGUCUACAAGGUGGACAACAGCAACCCAGGCUCCGAUGUCGCGGCCGAGACCGCCGCCGCCCUCGCCGCUGCUUCUCUGGUCUUCAGGAAAUCUGACCCAGCUUACUCCAAGCUUCUUCGGAACAGAGCUAUCAGUGUGUUUGAGUUUGCUGACAAGUACAGAGGUUCAUACAGCAAUGGGCUGAAGAAUGUUGUCUGCCCCUUCUACUGCUCUUACUCCGGCUAUCAGGAUGAGCUGCUUUGGGGAGCAGCAUGGCUUCACAAGGCCACCAAGAAUCCGACGUACCUCAACUACAUCGAGGCCAACGGUCAAACCCUCGGCGCUGACGAGUCUGAUAACACCUUUGGGUGGGACAACAAGCAUGUGGGAGCCAGAAUCCUCCUCUCCAAGGCCUUUCUGGUCCAAAACCUGAAGUCUCUGCAUGACUACAAGGGCCAUGCUGACAACUUUAUCUGCUCCCUCAUCCCGGGGACACCCUUCUCGCAGACCCAAUACACUCCAGGUGGGCUGCUGUUUAAGAUGGGUGACAGCAACAUGCAGUACGUGACCUCCACCUCCUUCUUGUUGGUCGCCUACGCCAAGUUCCUCACCUACUCCUCCAAGGUGGUCUCUUGCGGCGGCACCACCGUCACCCCCCGCAAGCUCCGCUCCAUCGCCAAGCGACAGGUGGACUACAUCCUCGGCGACAACCCGCAGAAGAUGUCCUACAUGGUGGGCUACGGCGCAAGGUACCCGCAGCAGGUGCACCACCGGGGGUCGUCCCUGCCGUCCGUGGCGGCCCACCCGGCUAAGAUCCCGUGCUCCGCGGGCUUCACGGCGCUGUACACCUCCGCCCCAAACCCGAACCCGCUCACGGGCGCCGUCGUCGGCGGGCCGGACGCCAUGGACCGGUUCCCGGACCAACGGUCAGACUACGCGCGGUCCGAGCCGGCCACCUACAUCAACGCCCCCCUCGUCGGCGCCCUCGCCUACCUCGCCCACUCCUCCGGCCAACUCUAAUCCCGGUGCUACGUAACAACUAAGUAGCAUAGCCUCUAAGUCGAGCUUAAGAGCUUCGUAGUGUGCGAUCAAGGACCCCGGUGCAGCUAAGGAGGCCAUCGGAGGGUUUGUUUCUAGGUCUAAUUUGGGUCAGUAGACGAUUAGGGAGACUGCUGUCAUCUAUCUAUGGCUUAGACUCGGUGUUCAAUGUUGUGCGCGGCCUGUACUACACAGGGCAGCCUUUGACCCCCAACCACUUUUUGGGGCUUCUACUUCGUCUGCGUUACCACUAUUAACAUGGCGUGGGGUUUGUCUGUGUUAACCA